CCCCCAAAUUCCUCUCUUUCUCUUUUUGAGAAUCUCCAGGACGACCGCUCUUGAGCCCAAAACGCACCGAAUCGGCGUCUUUCUCUCUGCAAUUCGAUCCCUAGCUUGAUCGGUCAAUGCCGGUCACUGCUUUGGAGUUUCUCAAGUCACUGAAAUGAGUUGUUGAGGAGAACUCUCACUCAAUUUGAUUUGGUUCAAUUGAGUUUGGGUGAUGGCUGAAAAUGUGAGAUUUGAGUCGUGUUCAGCUAGUCCUGAGGAAUAUGCAUUUAUGGGGAGCUAUACAAAUGUGCAGAGGGGGAGUUAUACAGGUGUCAGUUUGGAUAGGUCUGGAAGCUUCCGUGAGGAUGGAGAGACUCGUGUUUUUGGUUCCACUAUGAGUUCUCGGGGGAGUGCUAUGUCAACAGCGGAUUUGCCCCCGCUAUCCGAGUGUUUGAUGCUGGAUCCUAUUACAAUGGGGGAUCAGAAAUAUACUCGAUCAGGCGAGUUAAGGAGGGUAUUUGGGAUUUCAUAUGGGAGCACUGUGGAAGAUAAUAUUUUUGGGGCUGCUCAUUCAAAGUCUCUGCCUCCAGUAGCUAUAGAGGAACUAAAACGGUUUAAAGCAACUGUGCGAGACGCCUCUAUCAAGGCCAGCCAUUCUCUGCUGAAGAUUCAACAAUUUUUGGUCAGGGGUAGGGCAAAGAAGUUUGAUGAUUACAUACACAAAUUGAACAAGUAUUGCGAAGCUUUAAACUCAAAGAAGCAACAAAGGAGUGAUAUGCUAACAAAUGAAAGAUCAGGGGGGUCAAACUUCUUGAAGACAGGAACUCAGAUUCAGAGAUACCUCCUGGCUCAAGGAACAGAGGACAAGCCUAAAAGUGUUGUUCUAAAUAAGAGAGUUCGCUCAUCUGUUGCGGAGACAAAGGCUGAAGGUCGAAAAAAUUCCUCUGUGAGGCAGCCUCUGUUCAUGGGAAAAGAUAGAGGUAUUAUGCUUAAAGAUGUUGGUGAAGGUUCUGAUACUAUUGAAGAAAAGAUUCGCCGACUGCCUGUUGGAGGGGAAAUGUGGGACAGAAAAAUGAAAAGAAAACGUUCUGUGGGCACUGCCUCUAUGAGACCCAUAGAUGGUGAUGUAGAGCCAAAACGAGUGAUGCAUCAUAAGUAUAAAAAUGAGCCUGCUCAACAAUCUUCUGAUGUCCAACGUUUUAGAUCAGGAUCCUUUAAUGGUAGUAGUGGGAUUAGCAAAGAUGGUACUUCCCUUCCUGUUGGUUCAAAUGCUCGUGUGAUUCCCAAGAAUGAAUUUGACAGAGUUUCUCUUUCAAGGGAUUUAACCUCUCCAUUGAGUAAGGAGCGGAAAAUAGCAAAAGGAAACAAUAAGUUAACUACUUGUGAGGGUGAUUCUAUUGUCAGUCCUAAUCCAUUAACAAAGGGAAAGGCUCCACGGGCACCGCGGUCUAGUCCUGUAAUGGCAGGAAGCUCAUCUCCUAAUCUUCCUUGCACUUCUGGGGAACAUGAAGUUUGCGAACAACCUCCAAGCAUAAAGAAAUUUCAUUCUGCAAGUGGGGCUAACAAUCGCAAGUGUCCUGUGCCCUCAGGAUCACCCUCUCACCCCAUGGCUCAAUGGGGUGGUCAGAGAACACAAAAAAAUUCUCGCACCAGAAGAACAAAUCUGGUGUCUCCUGUUUCAGGUCGUGAUGAGCCGCAGACAUCAUCAGAAGCGUGCUUGCCUUCUGAUUUAGGUGCUAGAGUAACUUCUGUUGGGACCAAUGGGUUGCUUCUUGCCAGGAAUGGCAUCAAACAUUUUAGAGUGAAACAUGAAAAGGUCUCAUCUCCAGCAAGAUUAUCUGAAAGUGAAGAAUCUGGUGCUGGUGAAAAUCUUGAAAGUAGAUCGAAGGAUAAAGGGUCCGGAAGUUUUGAAGUAGACAAAAGAGCUGUAAAUUCUGUUCAGAAUGUUGUUCCUUCUGUAUUGUUUACCGAGAAGAUUAAAGUACUCAAUAAGGGAGAAACCAGAGAUGGUAAGCGGAAACAAGGAAGGACUGGCAGGGGCUCAUCUGUUUCUAGGGCUAGCAUUUCACCAAUGAGGGAGAAACUGGAGACUCCUGCUUCAACAAAGCCGCCUAGAUGUACAAAGCCUGCUUCUGAAAAGAAUGGAAGUAAGUCACGCCGUCCUCCUCUAAAGAAACUGUCUGAUCGCAAGGCCUUUACUCAUCUUGGGCAUACUUCAAUUGGCGGUUCCCCAGAUUUAGCUGGUGAAUCAGAUGAUGAUCAUGAAGAACUCUUAGCAGCUGCCAAUUUUGCUUGUAAUGCCAGCUACCUUGCCUGUUCAAGUUCAUUCUGGAAGAAAAUGGAACCAAUUUUUGCUUCUGUCAGCUUAGCGGAUGCGUCCUACUUGAAGCAGCAGGGUGAGCCUGUGCCUGGAAAGAAUUGUUCCUCUCAAGCGCCUGAUUCUGGAGAAAAGGAGAGAGUCCUGGAAGAACAAAUUGUGUCAAAUGGAAUGACUAAGACUGGCGAUUUGGAUGAUCAUGACCAGGAUAUUGGUAAUUUUGAAAAAAUUGAUUUAGAAAGGACAAAAAAUGUAACACCAUUCUACCAAAGAGUGUUGGCAGCUCUGAUUGUGGAAGAUGAAGCUGAAGAAUUUGAAGAAAACAAUGGGGAAAGAGAUAUGUCUUUCCAAUAUAAUAGAGAUCAUUCUCCUAAUGAUACUUGUCUCCCUGUUAAUGUUGAUGAUACAAACAGGGUCAGGACUGAAUCUAAUUCUGAGUCCAUUUUGGGUCUUCAAACUCAGAAGCAAUGUGCUGUCAACAGAUUUUCUUGUAGUGGGAGAACUAACCUCACCAGGGGCACAGGCAUCCACAGUAAAUUAUCAAAUAAUGAUCUGUUCCAAGGAGAUCAUGGAUUUAUGCAUUCCAAUAAUGGGAUGUUCCCAUCGUUUUCCGGAUAUCUUGUUGAGGGGCCGCUAGCUGAACAUACAAAUGCUUCAGGCAUUUCCUCCAUUGGCUGCCCAUAUGAUCAAAUGUCGCUGGAGGACAAACUGUUCCUGGAGCUGCAGAGUAUUGGCCUAUAUCCAGAAACAGUGCCUGAUCUGGCAGAUGGAGAGGAUGAUCUAAUUAAUCAAGAUGUUGAAUUACAGAAGGAACUUUACCAACAGGUUGGUAAAAGGAAUGAGCACAUGAACAAAAUUAGUAAAGCAAUUGAGGAGGGCAGGAAAAUGGAAGAACGGGACCUUGAGCAGGUUGCAAUGGGCAGACUUCUUGAGUUGGCUUACAAAAAGCAGCUGGCCACUCGAGGAAGUACUGCUUCAAAACUUGGGGUCUCUAGGGUUUCAAAACCAGUUGCCUUGGCUUUUACAAAGAGGACCCUUUCUAAAUGUCGGAAAUUUGAAGACACAGGGAAGAGUUGCUUUACUGAGCCUUCACUUCGAGAUGUCAUUCUUGCUUCACCUUCUCAUGGUAAUGCUGCAGAAUCUAUUAAUUGCUUUGACUCUGCAGUUGCUAUAAGUUUGCCUCGUGAAACUCAAAAAUCUCAAACAGAGAGGAGGAUAUCAGGGCCCUUCCCCAGUAUAUCUGAGCAGCAUGAUCUUCAUAGCGAUAAAACUGGCAGCAGUUCGUUUGAUGAUUUUGGUAAUCUCACUUACCAAUCUGACCAGGAUUUUGCCAAAACUGGACCCAUAUAUAACAGAGGGAAGAAGAAGGAAGUGCUGCUUGAUGAUGUUGGUGGCAUUGCUUCCUCAAGAGCUGUAUCAACUCUGGGUAAUACUCAAGUGGGUGGAGCAAAAGGAAAGAGAAGUGAGAGAGAAAAAGAUAAAGAUGCUGGGAGAAAUUCUGUCGCCAAAGCGAGCCGUACAUUACCGGGUAACAUUAAGGGAGAGCGUAAAGCUAAAACAAAGCCAAAGCAGAAGACAGCUCAACUACUAACUUCAGGAAAUGGAUUUGGUAACAAGUUUACAGAAACAAUUCAUUCUGAAUACCAUUCACCCAGAGGUUCUAGUGAAGUGGUUGGCGAUGGCAGCAAUGCAAAAGGAGGCAUAGCAUUGAUGUCCCACGGUGAUAUUCCUCAGGAUCCAUCUACAGAGAUAAAGGAACCACUAGAUAUUACAAACUUUCAUGAAUUAGACUCUAUAGAACUAGGUGUAACGAAUGACUUCAGUGGGCCUCAAGAUUUAAGUACUUGGUUGAACAUUGAUGAUGACAAUUUGCAAGACCUUGAUUUUGAGGGCCUUGACAUACCUUUGGAUGACAUCUCAGAGUUGAAUAUGCAAUUUUGAAGACAGAAUACUGUAUAUUCCCAUGGAUUAUUCAAUUAUUUAGAUAAGAAUGAUUGUGCUGUUGCUGGGGGAAAACCUGCCAAUAUAACUUUUGCCUCCAGCUAUUGGCACUUGUAAUUAAGCCAUUCUUUUUGUAUACUUAUGGAAAGAAGUUAGUUAAUGGGAAAGAAAAAAAAUAUAUCUUUGCUGUU